AGUAGAUGGACAGUCGACCUGAACUUGUGCCAUCAUUUGUUGAGGAAUAAUGAAGGCCGUGGUGAUAGAUGGGGAUUCGGGGGUAGGGGAAGAGACGGUACUGGGGGUAAAGGGGUCCCUGAUGAGGAUGUGAGAGCACCUGGAUCCUGCUGCACUGGCCAUCCUCCACCUACACCGUUUGCCGUGGUUGUGGUCACAGCUAUGGACGCCUCUGGAUUAUAGGCGGCUGUAUGAGGGACAGUGGAAUGUAACACGCCUUGUGAAAGGAAGGGAGAGGUCUGGACGAGUCCACCUAGUUGAUGAGUGUCCAUAAAGCCACCAGCUGCUGCGACAGCAUUCUGGAAGAGGUGUGCCUGUUGGUGCGGAACUAAGAUUGGUUGGUAGAGGUGAUAGGAAGUAUUUCCGUUCACACCUACAGUAGCUGAAGAGUUCUGACCACAGUUUUGCAAAUAGGGCGAGGGGUACUGACCUCCACUGGGAUCAAGGAGAGAGGAGGAACCUUUCUUCAUGGUACCUGAGAGACCACCGUGGUUUGAAGCAGUUGAAGAGCCAAAUAAAGAUGUGCUGGCAUACUCAGUACCUAGCAUAUCAGCACUAGAGAAUGGUUGAGCUACGAAAGCCUGAGAAGGGUGAAGCAUGGUUCUUGGGAAUGGUGCAGUAGUACUACUAGUCUGGAGACCUUCAGUAGCAGUUCUAGAUGAGCCUCCAUUCUGAUUGCGCUGUCGACGAUGUUUGGUGGGACGUUUCCGCCUUCCGUUCGUCCCAUUUGAGGUCACACUAGGUCGAAGGAGGGCGAGAUUUUCGUUGGUUUCAAUCGAGAUAGAUUCCUCACCUCCUACUACGCCUUCAUUUGCCGUAGAAGUAGAAUUUCUCUGAGCCCCUUCAGAGGCUGAAGAAGCUGUGACAGAGGACCUUUCUGCUCUAGCCACUGGAGGUCUUCGUCGCAUAUUCUCGCCAUCUUCAUCAUCUCUUUCUCCUUCAUCUUCAGCCUCGUUCGUGGAGACUUCGCCACCAUUGUCUUCUUCCUCACUUGAAGCCACGGAGAAACCUGACCGACUCUCAUUGUGCCUGUUGUUACGCGGAAUCGUGCCAGCUAGGAUCGGACAAAGUGCAGGUGGCGUUGUAUAGAGACUUCCGCUAUCUGUGGUUGUGUCUCCACAUGUCACCGGAUGAAUCAUUCCAAUAGGAGGAUAGAAUUGUUGCUGGUGUCGCAAACCCAACUGUUGUAGAGCUGCUAUAUCCCCUCCAGCGAGCGAAGCGAAGUUGUGACCUGGAGAUGAUAGACCUGUUGGACAUCCGUCUGGACCCGAAAACAUGGCUGGAGAGGACAUAACUUGA